AGAACGAGUCUUUAAUGAAAAAAGCUUUCAAACAAAUUGAAGAAAACGCUGUUGCGAUGAAAGAAGAGACAACGAAACUCCGAACAGGAUACAAGGACAUACAACAGAAAGUUUCGGAUGACUACAAUGAGGCCUUCAAAGUAAAGAAAGAGGUGGAAAAAAGUCAGAGCAAGCUAGAAAUGGAUAUGCAAACCGCUUUCAAAAAUGCCGUUCUUGCAGAGAAAGCAGCUAGAGAUUCUGAAUUGAUGGCAGAAUCCUGUAUAGAAAAUGUUGACAAAGCAGUGGAGAGACAGGACGAAGUUUACAUAUUAAAAUCGAAAGCAGGUGAGAAAAUGGCAGGGAAUAGCGACAAAGAGGAGUGGACUCCACCUGCAGCCGUUUUUACAGGGGUUAAGCUCGGCACUGGGGUUUCUGCUGCCUCAGGCCUUGCCUACGCAGCCGGGAAAUGGAUAUACAAUUACAUGUCCAACAAACAGAAUAGAGAAUCAAACCUUGAAGAGUUCAAAGCAUUCGAGAAGUCGUACAAAGACGCAACAGGCGAUGCAGACGGGCAAAGACAAAUGCUUGAGAAACACAGAAAGAAAACAAUCGAACAAAAGAAAGAGGCAAUUAAUAACGUUCAUAAAAUGAGGGCGAUGUGCUCCCAGCAUGGUAAUUUCAGCUGA